GAAGGAGGGCUUCUGUGCAUGUGCUUGUUGGAAAGUCCAGCCGAAUCAUGUUUGGUGUACGUGUGAAGCAAUUCAACAAACUCGUGAAUUGACCUGUUCCAAAGAUCUGGUGAAAACCAAGGGGAAUGAUAAUGUAGAUUUCUAAGAUACUCGCCUUCUCAAGUUUCCAUUUCACAAUGAGCGUGUUAUUGAGUUUGAUCUUAGUUUGUGGAUGGGUGCCAAAUAUCUUUGCCAAGCCCUCAGCUUCGAUCCCGCUAAUAGACGAUGUGCUUGUCGAAUCUGGUACUAAUAUGUCCCUGGGAUGUCCAGGGAUGACCCAAAACACGUUCGUGGUCCAUAUUGAGUGGACCUGCACGGGUCGUUGUGGAAGUCCCUCGAAUCUCCCAUCGGACACGACCCACACCUUGCUGAAAUAUGUGAAGGAUCAAGGGACAUCCGUGUUUAAGAAUAAGGACCGUGUUCGACUAGAUCAAGGAUUGUUCUCCCUCGAAUUCGAUCCCGUGUCCAGCUUGGACCGAGGAAGCUAUUCUUGUCUGAUUAACAAUCGACCGAAUCCGGAUGCCGUGAUCCGAUUGAAUGUCCUAGAUGUACCUCAACCGCCUGGACGACCCAUGACCACCGGGUUUGAUUCCCGGUCCGUGUCACUCACGUGGGCCAAACCGCGAAAGAACCCGGAUUCGCCGGUUUUGGGUUACAUUGUCACUACCGGGUGGCGAUCCGUGAAAGCCGAUGAUGAAAGUGGAUUCCAAUACUUGGAACAGGAGCUCCACACCAACUCCACGGAGACGAGAUACACUGUGAACAACCUUCAGCCUUACACCGUCUACAGUUUUCGGGUGUCCGCUAUGAACAUCGUUGGCCGGUCUAAACCCGGGAAAAACUCAUAUCCAACGGUAACCUUGAUGGAAAAGCCAUCUGGCAAGCCUCGAGUCACCGCUGCCCAUAACACGUCGAGUACGUCAUUGUAUCUGAGUUGGCAAGCCCCUGAGACACGGACCAUUCAUGGACAAUUCCUUGGAUUCAAGUUAUCUUACCGCCCGCGCGACGAGCCCGAAUCCAAGGCCGUCGAAGUUCCCAUUGAAAACCCUUCUGCCACGGAAUACACAAUCGACGGACUGGAGACAUACACUCAAUACCUGGUCUCCCUUAAAGUGUUCAACCCGGAGGGCAAUGGCCCUGAAACCAUUGUGGUGGUCAUGACCGAUGAAGGUGCUCCAAGUUCUCCGCGGAAUGUGCGCUUGCUCAGUGUGACGGAUUCGAGUUUCCAAGUGUCGUGGUGGGAACCAGCCAGGGCCAACGGCAUCCUCCAAGGAUAUCGCAUCUAUUAUUUGCAUAAUAAUGUCACUUCUGUGCAAACGGUGAAGGAUAACAAGUCGGCGAUGAUCGAAACACUGGCCAGAUUGGAGCCGUACACCGAGUACAAAUUGUGGAUCCGAGCGUACACCACCAAAAACGAAGGCAAACCCUCCGAACCCAUCUACAUUCGAACGGAUGUGAAGGCCCCAGGUGAGCCCCUGGUCGUCAAUCUCACCUGUCAAAAUGGGAACACCAUGUUCCUGAAGUGGCUCCGACCCAAAAUCUUCUACCGUACUGUGGACGUGUACCACGUGAUGUAUCGGCCUGAGGACCAGGACACGUGGGAGCGACAAGUGGUUGAGACCGUGAACAACACCGUGAACCAUAUGAUGUAUUUGAAUAACCUCACGACAAAUAAAGUCUACGAUCUCAAAAUCCAAGCGGGCACCCACUCUCAAGUUGGAGAUCGGAUCAUGCAUUUCGGAGAUUUCUCGGAAACGAGGCGAUUGCUUUUACAACCAGGUUGUGAGGCCAUGAGAACAUUCAGCCCCAGAAGCACCGAAAAGGAUUCCAUUAUUCUGAUCAACUUGGAGGAGCACUUUGGAACGAUCGCUGGCAUCGUUUGUGGAUCUCUCGGAUUGCUUUUGGCAGUAUUCAUCUUCCUCAUUCUAAGACGUUAUUCUCAGGACAAUUCGUACUAUUACCCCCAAGAGAAGUAUUAUGGCCAUGGUCCGACACCCGAACUUCCCGGAUGGGAUUCUAACGAUGAAGGGGCAAUUCCUGUGCAUCUCUUCCAGAAACAUGUGUCUGAACUUCACAUGGAUCAGGGUGUCGGAUUCAGCAAAGAAUACGAAGAAAUCCGUGCAGACAGUUGCUUGGAUGAAUAUGCUGCCCAAGACUCACAGCAUCCAGAAAACGUGGACAGAAAUCGAUACCCAAAUAUUGUGGCCUAUGACCACACACGAGUUCGCUUGCGUUCCAAGGGACCGAGCAAGCAGGACAAGGAUGAAUACUUGAAUGCAAAUUUUGUGGACGGAUUUCGACGGCCCAGAGCCUAUAUUGCCACGCAAGGGCCCACGCCAGGGACUUUCAAUGGUUUUUGGCGUAUGAUUUGGGAGCAGAACACAAUUGUGAUCGCUAUGAUCACGCAUCUGUUCGAGAAUGGCAAGCCCAAGUGUGACUUGUAUUGGCCGGAUGCCGGAUCAGAAACCUAUGGUGACGUAGUGGUCACCCUGAUCAGGGAAGAUGUGUUGGCUUCGUACACUUUGAGGACCUUCACCAUCCGCCGACUGAGGUCCAAUGGGGGAAAGAGCUCCAAAGAGCCUCAAGAGAAGACCAUUUAUCAGUAUCAUUUCACCGCCUGGCCCGAUCAUGGCGUGCCACUUCAUGCCUUGCCUCUGGUCACCUUUGUCAGAAACUCUUCGCAUGCCACCCCGGUUGAAGGUGGACCAAUCGUGGUUCAUUGCAGUGCGGGAGUGGGCCGAACGGGCUGUUAUAUCGUAAUUGACGCUAUGAUGCGCCAGAUCGAAGCUCGCGGAGAUGUCAAUGUCUUCUCGUUCCUCAAGCACAUUCGCGCCCAACGGAACCAUCUGGUUCAGACUGAGGAUCAGUACUCGUUCAUACAUGAUGCUUUGGCUGAAGCUAUUGAAUCCGGAGAGACACAUAUCAAUCGAGGUUGCAUGCCCCGGUAUAUCCACAGUCUUCAAUGUAUCGACGUCACGGAUGACAAGAAUCAUCCUUCCAAGAUUCUGGAGAAACAGUACAAGAUUUUAUCCACCUAUCAUCCACCUAAAUCUCAGUACUCUUCAGCGCUGAAGAUCUUCAACCAACACAAGAAUCGAAGUCCGGAUCUUUUAGCCACGGACUCGUCACGUGUGUACUUGAACCCAACCUCGGAGACAGAUGGAUCAGACUACAUCAACGCUUCUUGGCUUUUGGGUUUUUUUGAUCGAAGGGAAUUCAUCAUUGCUCAACACCCGUUGGAACAUACGAUGGCUACGUUUUGGCAAAUGGUGUGGGAGCAAGAGAUUCACGUCCUAACUCUAUUGACUUCCAUUGAUGGCCAAGAGUGCUUGCCAUUUUGGCCGAAUGGUCCGGGUAUGGGCAUAUUCUUCAACGUGGGCUAUCAGAAGAUGAAGGUUUCGCUUUUGGACGAAUUGGACACGCCUAUGUGGAAGGCAAUUCGGAUCUCUCUUGAGCACUAUCCAACUUCCCCGAACAAUUCAGCCCCGCCCACGUCCCGUCAAGUAUGGAUCUUCCACGCCCCCAGCUGGCCUCAGCAAUGCUCUCCCCUCUCCACUGUAUUUGACCUGAUCAAAGCCAUUGAUGAGGAGCAUCAAAGCUUGGGAGGACCUAUCCUCACCAUUGACCGAUAUGGAGGAACCCAAGCGGCCACGUUUGCCUGCCUCAUGUCUCUUUGGCACCAACUCAACUUUGAGGGCGGUUGUGAUGUGUUCCAAAUGGCUAAAUUGUACCACUAUGCCCGGCCAGGCACGUGGAAGACCCAGGAGGAUUAUCUGUUUAUGUACUGUGCAUUGGAGGCCUUCGUCACCAACAACGGCACUACUAUUCCCUCGCCUGUGGACAUUGAACAAUGGCGGUCCAAUCCGCCGUAUCAACUGAACGGGUGCGUCCGAGUCUCUCGAGUUUACACGGACGGUUCUACUGUCGGACAAAGAGUCUCUAAAGUAUACAGUGAGCAAAUGGGCGAUUCUGUCUGUGGGCGUAUCCCUCCGGAUGGUCAAGAAUCGGCCUCGCUCCUUCGCCAUGCUGAACUCAACGGAUUGGGUGUGUUGUGCGUGUCUUCCUCGGCCACAAAUAGUACCUCGGGAUGUUCGUCUUCCUGAAGAGAGGGCGCCACCGUCAAUGACAGGAAUCUGAUAGUAAAUAUUGGCGGCUACAAUAACAACAACAGAUCUCUGAAGAGGUUUGCUCCGAUUUGUACUGAAACCGACCUCUGAUGCUCUCGUUUAUACAUUGACGGUGGAUCGCCAUUGUUAAAGAAAAAAAUUAAGACUGAAUGGACCUCUUGAUCCAUGUUCGCCAUGCCCUGGAGAAUGAUAUGAAAUGGACUGUGAGGAUAUUUUUUGCUUGAGUAGGAGAGGGUGGUGGGGCCAUUUGAGUCGUCUAACAAGGCCCCUAGGGACCACUCAGGUUCUUCACAAGUGUUGUACAGUUGAUAUUCCAAUCUUUGCUAACGCUGCUUGUGCUUUGAUAUUUCUGUGGAGCCAUCUACAAAGUUAAUCUGGAUAUGGUUUUAGGUUGAAGCCUAUGAACAAGGUUCAUGAACAGUAUUAAUAUUAUAUUUCCCAUUAGCCUCUUUACUUCCCGGCUCUGCCUUCAAUGUUUUCAAUUCAAUUCAUCCCUAGCCAUGUAUUCGAGCAGCAAAAUUGAAGACGUUUGAAGUCAGAAUUCAUUGUCAAACACAGAAGAUUCAUACUGUUACAGUUAUUACUAAGACUACUUCCCUUGAAUCACUAACCUAUUUUUACUGCCAUUUUUGAGUCGUUAAAAUGUACAUGUGGAUGUUAAUCACCUCUUCCUCUCUUAUUAAUUUAGCAAACCCUAUUGAUGCCAACAUUAUCAUUAUUUAUUAUUCAUUGUUAUACCUCUGCCGAUUUUCUUUUUGACAAUAAAGACUUCUUAUCGGA